CCACCGUCCACCGUCCACCGUCCGCACCGCUACCACGUACAUAAAUCCACCACCUUUCUCCUCACACACACGCACACACACACAGCGUCCUCUCCUCACACACAGCGCACACACACAUACGCCAUCACCACCACCACCACCACCACCUCCCCCCAUCUUCCCAUCCCCACCGUUCCCCAUCACAAAACAAACAACCAGCACAACAUGACGGACGCAACAAGCCCCCUCCUGCACCGCCCGGUUCCUCGCCGCCCCUUCGACCUCCCAGGCGACUCGGAGCACCUCGACCCCUACUCCUCAGACGCGGACCGGGACGCCCCCCCUCGGCGCAACCGGUCGGCCGUCUCUCUGACCGCCAGCACUCUCUUCGGAAUCUACGGCCGCACCUAUAACACCGACGAGUCCUCCACUCCCUCGCAGCUAACUCGCAACAACUCUAUGGCGGACUUUAACACCAACGGGCUCACGCCGCUCACGCCGUCCAACGGCUUCGCCCCUCGCAAACCCAGCCUGGCCGCGCGCUCCUCCGCCAUGGACGCGGCGCUGCACCGAUCGAAGGAGACGGCGACGGGCCUGGCGCUGAAAGUGGCAAGCCUGUUCGUGUUCGGCGUCGCGUACGGCGUGAUUAUCACGCACCUGCACGAGGGCGGCGCGGGCGCCGCGCUGCGCGUCGACGUUGACCGCUGGUCGACAAGGUACCUCGCGUUCUGGGGCCUGGCGGGUGUCGGCCUGGGGAGCGUCCUGCCGUGGCUCGACGGGAAGGAUACCGACGACGAGGAGGUCAAUGAGGGUGCCGGAAGGACCGAGUGGAUCCCCGUUGUUAGAAGCAUUGGCGCGUUCGUCGGGAUCGCUUAUGCAAUUCGCCGCCUCCCAUGGCAAUCGAACCUGCAAGUCUCGCUCGCACUUGCGCUCGUAAACCCGUUCCUGUGGUUCCUCGUGGACCGCACGCGCUCCGGUUUCUGGUUCGCGUCGCUCGUCGGCGUCGCCGGCACCGCAUUCCUGCUGCAAAUCAGUCCCGAGAUGAUACAGGCGCCGGUCGGCGCGCUGCACGACGAGCUCGUUGUUGGCGGGCUCGUGUCAGUGGGAUCAAUCGCGGUCGGCACCUGGAUCGCUAGCGUCCUGUUCUGUGCUUGCGUCUGUUUUGGAAAUAUCGGACGGAAGCUGGCGGUUAAGGGCGUGGGCAAGUAAGGGAUGCGGAGGGGACCGGCGGGCGGGGGAAGGGGAGCGGGCAGGAUAAACGAACGCGCGGAGAGAUCUGUAUCUACAUAUGCUUAUUUAUCCCGCUACUUGGUGCUUGGUGCUUGGUGCUU